CCGACGAGAAUAAAGUUGCAGAAGAGAGGGAAAACAGAGAUUAGAGAGAGAGAGAUAAUAUAUAUAGAGAGAGAGAAAAUAAGAGAGGUGAAAGUUGAGGAUCAGAGAGAAGAAGAAAAUGGCCGGAAUUUCGAAAUUUAGAAAGGCAGCGAAGAAAUUAGGCCUUCCUUGUACUUCUUUCACUGUUGAAAACACGCCGGAAAAGAGAAAAUCGGGGGAAAAGAUCUUGAGCUUGCAUAACGAGGCAACAGAUAAUGGAGUGAUUAAGAUUCCCUGUCCCAUCUGUCUAGAGCCACUAAAUUCCGGCAACGAUGACGAUCCCAACAUAGACACCAACUCGAGCCAAGCUGUCUUCACAGCAGAAUGCUCGCAUGCCUUCCAUUUCCUCUGCAUCUCAUCUAAUGUGCGCCAUGGAAACACCACGUGUCCAAUCUGUAGGGCCCAAUGGGCAGAGCUCCCCCGCCGCCUCACCCGGCCCCAGCAAGGCCCAACCAGACAACCCCCCGAUCCUGCCCUCGUCAUCCUCGAGGACUCAAUUGCCACCUCUAGGACCCACCGUAGGUCGAUUCGACACAAUGGCGAUGACCCUGUGGAUCCAACCCCCUCAUCAGCAACCCAUCCCCGACUCUGUUUUGCUCUGGUUCCAAUUGCUCGAGGGCUUUAUCCAAGAGGGUGUAGGCCUAUGGCCUUACUUUUACAACCGCUAACUACUGUAGCGAGUGGACAGAAGCCAUUUUCAGACAGACAGAAUACUUCACAUAGGGGGCCAAAACAGUAUCCAGAAACACAAAGUACUUCCCCAAGAGGGCCAAGGCUCCAUCCAAAAACACUGACUACUUCACCAAGAGGCCUUAAGAUAUGCUUAGAAACAGAAAAUACUUCACCAAGUAGGCAUGUGAUCUAUUCAGAGACACAAAUUAGUGCCCAAAGUAUGCUGAAUAUGUACCCAGAAAGCGUAAGUUCUUUGAGAAGCAAGCAAGAGCUCUGCCCACCGACCACAGCUUACCUCUACGUGAAACUCGAGGGACCCCCAGCAACAGACUUAGUAAUGGUUGUUAACCCAACCGGUCAGAAUCUCCGCCUCUUCAAGGAGUUGAUGGCAGUUGUGGUUUUCUCUCUGAGGCCUGUUGAUCGACUCGCUAUAGUAGCCUCCUCGUCAGGCCCAAGCCGCACCUUCCCCUUACGGCGCAUGUUCUCACAAGGGAAGAGAGCUGCCCUACAAGCCAUCGAUCGCCUCAUAUUCCCAUCAGAUGGGGACCCAACAGAGUCAUUAAGCAGAGGGAUUGUGAUAUUGGAAGAGCGAGCCCACCGAAACCCUAAUGCUUGCAUCUUGUUCCUCUCAGAUGGCCAAAUUGGAGGCUACCAUCCCCUCCUAGAUGAGCAACUCUCAAUUCCAAUCCAUAGGUUUGAUUUCGGGCCAAGUUUUAGAGUUCCUGAUGAGUUUGUUAGGCAUGGAUUUGAGGAGUUCUUGGUUGGCUUGCUUGGGGGUGUUAUUAGGGAGACAGAGUUGAGACUUAGGGUUGAUGGGGCAAGGGGAGAGGUCCUUGUGGAAUUAGGAGAUAUGGGUGUUGGAGAAGAGAGAAUGAUCUUGGUUGAAAUAGGAGAGUCUAAGUUAGUAAGUGUUGGGUAUAGUUAUGAGGAGGGUGGGGUUGAAGGGGGCUCGAGAACAGGGGAGAUGAUCUUGGGUUUUAGAGAGACAAGAGGGAGAUAUAAUGGUGGUCAUGAGAGAGGGAUGACAGAUUCAAGGGAGAGAUGCCAUAAUGGUGUAGAGAGAGGAGUAAGCGAGGCAAGUUCGGGUGGGAGAAGGAGCUGUGCAGAGAGAUGGGAGUACUAUGAUCCUUGCAUGGCCAGAAGGUGGGCCAAGCAUUUGCAUGGGCUGAUAUAGGUCAUGCAUAUCUUAUCUGUACUUUGCCCUCCAUGGAUAUUCAGUUUUUGUUGGGAUUUUCAGGUCCAGUAGGUCUUUUCCGAUACAUAUUUCUAAUAAAAAAGAUACAUAUUUCUAAUA